AUGGCAACGCCAGCACAGCAGACGCCAGCAAGAGGUCUAUCGGCCGCCAAUGCUCCUGUUCAGGACACCCGUGCGAACACCUCACAACCAACCACACACCCUCGCCAUCAAUCAAAGACCCCAAGCCGUGUACCUCAGAACACACCUUGUACACCCGCAGUACCAACGCAGAAGCGCAAAUCCAACUUCGGCAAGUCUCUUAGUGCGGCAUUCAUCACCCCGUCAUUGCCACGUGCGAAGGGACCUAGCAGCUCCGCCCAUGUGCCACACAAUACUCCUGUCACGGUUGCCAAGGUUACCAACUUGUCAGCCACCUUACCCUUAACUGCACCCACCCCCACCAAUACGGCCAUCCAGAAUCUAAAAAUAGCACAUAAUGCAGCAUCCGGAGCGGCUACGCCAACUGAAGGGCAAUCACAAAGUGGCAGUAACGUACAACAACCCAACUCCGCCGGCGCAGACACAACUCAUCGACCUCUGACAGCUGCUCGGGUGGGCAGCAACCCAGGCACUUGCAAGAAUUCCCGCGUGAGCAAGAGCACGACGAAAACCGCGUCAAGCGCGCGUAAAUCCGCGUCGCUGAGUGGCGCCUUUUCCUUUAUGUCCCAUUUGCCCGCACGAUCACGCUCAGAUGCUUCGAUGGAUGCUACACAGAGUACACCGUCUCAGGCAACGCUGGAUGCUGCCACGCUGGUUCGAUCGAGGUUGUCCCCUAUGGAGGAGCUCUCACCUGCACGGUCACCCGCAGAUGUUCAGAUAGCAAGUAAGGGUAUGGAGAAGAAUGUGGAUGUGUACGGGCAUAAGCACGCAGGCAAGCAUGGGUGCAAGCAUGCUAGUGAGAGCAACGCGAGUAGUAUAAACCAAUAUGUGGCGUCGAGUACAAGAGACUCACAGUCACCACCCGAAACAUCGCAGUCGCAGCCAUCGACAGAUGUGAUGUCGGACAGCAGCACGGACACAGAGCAGUACACGUACGAGCGCACAGAGACAGGCAGGCACGCGCCUCUCCACACACGUACACACUCUCAUGAGAGUAUCAAGGGGGUAAAGCGUACACUGCAUAGCGCCAGCGGCCACAGUACAAGCGAAUUACGUCCCGUUAAGAAGCAGGCUGUGCAAGCGAAUAGAGCAGACGCCACGGCCGCAUCGGGAAACUGUGCAAUUGGUACUACCGAUACUGCUGGUCAGUUAGAAAGCCCGAACGUGGGCAUGUAUGUCCGACCUCCCUCUACUGAUAGUAGCGCCGCUCAGACACUAACUUCGUCUACCACGCAUACGAACACGCACGCAGUAAGAACACGCACCCCCCGGUCACGCUCACCCGCACCUGGUGCUGCCGACGCAAGCGAACGCUCGCACAAGCCGGAAGCUAAAAAUAGAAGCAAGCCUGUGCUAUUGACGAAGCGGGUCAAAGCCAAGAACUUUGUGACUGAGAGUUUGCGCUCGCCAGAGAUGCUGAGAACUGGACAGCUGUCUCCGACGAAAAGCAUGUUGUCUCCUACGGCAACCGGUAGUGGACAAUUAAGCGGGAGUAAGCACGGCUCACCCAUACGCGUGCGUAGCCCGUCAUCGCCUGUGCAACAGUUGGGCGACGCAUUCUCAGCCACAUCCAUCAAGUCACGUACGAACAGCAGGGCGAGCCUACGCCAGGAAUCGGUUGUGCUUAAACAAGCCCAAGACACCACGGGUAGCCGUACCGAAGGUCAAGUGUCUGCUGUGAGAAACACUCCUGCUGCACAGCACGGCACGUCAAAAAAUAGAACAUGUAUAAACAGCACAUCCACCUGCAAGUCUUACGCCUCCACCGGUAUGGGUAAUGCUGGGGUGACCGAGCGCAAACGCAAGCGCACGGAGACUGGCGCGCCGAACAAGUGUGCGUCGCAUGCCAUGCCUGUCAUGAAAAAGGCCCCCUCGGUGGCCGCUUUAUUUGGCGGAAAGGCCAAGGAGGAUUCCCUCAGUCCUGUGCCCACAAGCACCGCACCGAAGAAGCCUACCAGGCGUACACUAGGUGGAGUUGCUUUGAGCCUACUGGGCUCUGGGACUAAGACAACAGGCUCCGACGGCAAGAAGGCCAAGUCACCCACCGGUAGCUUCACCGGGCGAUCACAAUCAUCAACCACCGCCACAACACAGAAACAGCCGAAUGCUUCCUCCACCCAGAAGAGUCAGUCGACGUACUUUGAGGCGUCUUCGUCCGAGGCUGCAGAGGCUGGCGCAGGCCUUGGCUUGUACGAUGAGGUACGGUACAUUAUAGACGGUCUAGGUCCAACCAAUUCCCUCUCCGUGCGAUGUUCGAGCGCUACCAGCUUGGCCACCCAGUGCUGUACUAAUGAAUUCCGACUGCAUAUGAGAGCAAACGACGUCGUGCCACAAGCCAUCAAGGCCAUCUCCGACCUGGCGCGUGCACCGCAUCAGGUGUUGACUGUAAGUGUUGCGCAUGCGUUGCUUAUCUUGUCAGACGAUGCGUUGACCUCCGACUUCCGUGGGGUUGGGCUGGCUCUGCUGUUGAAGUGGAUCCGAGAUCUGGGUCCACACGGAUGGAAAGGGAGGGUGACAGAUACACUGCAUAUUCCGGCCAAAUCAAGCCGGAAUGACUCAGCUAAGUACCUGCAGCGUAUCAGUACAGCUCUGAAGAACUCAGCACACACUCACUGUAUCGAUCCGAUGGGCAAACCGUCACUGGCCAUGCUGCUGCUGCACACGCUCAGCUCUCUCACGAAGCUUUUGAAUGGUUUCGGCGAUCAACUCAUACAGAAACAGCGUUUGACGGACAUCUCGCUCAUGUUUGCAUCGACAGUUGAGAUCAUCACUGGCGCACUCGGUGUACGAGAUCCAGACUUCGUGAUGGCCAUCAAUACAGCUGAGGUUUGUCUGCAGAUCUUUGAGAACACCACCUUCAUGAACGCCGACUCACUGACGGAGGAGAACGUCCCAUUUCUGCUAAAGCUGACUGAGAACCUCGUUAGAGUUCUGAGAUAUAUUGAUAGGUCAAUAUUAACUGGAGCCGACGAAACAGCGCUGCCGGUGGAAGACGCACUUAAACUGCUCACCGGAUGUGUGCGCGUGCUGAUGAAUCUAACGCACAUUGAACGCGUGAGACACUAUUUGGGUGCAGGCCUUAGCACCUCCGCAGAGACUGUCUCGUGCACAUGUUCGACUACAUGCACCUCUGUCGAGACGUGCACAAGCGCGAGUGUGUCAUUGAGAGCGAUUGCAAGUACAGACACGAGUACUGAGUCUAACAAGAACGUCGACACGAGCGCAGGGGGCGUGGUGGAAUCGUGCGGGUAUGGGAUGGACAUAUUGGUAACGUGUGCACUUACACUGCCACCGGUGCUCGCCAGGAAGUGUGAGAAUACGAGGUUAGGGACGGAGGGGUCUAACAGUGCUAUAAUCACGAGUAGUAGUGACGCAACAAGCCGUUCAGAGGCAACGAACGCGAACAAAGGAAUAAUCGAUGUGGACAGGUCUGAGGAGGGCUCCUCGGGCGACCACAUCCACACACACAGAUGGCCAGAAACUCUCUCGAGGAAGAGUACGGAACUGUAUUCAAACGCACCAUCAGGCAUAGAUACACAGCCAACCCCUGAGACACCUCUGCUAUCACCCAUGACAGACUCACAACUCAGCGCAGGCAUAACAGACAUGACAGAUGUGCAAUCAGACGCACGGCCUAGCACACAACCGGCAUCUCUUGAGACCUUCAACUCCACCGCGACAGUGGAUUUGAAUUACCGCGAUGAUGACUGUGGUGGUAUGAUCGACGGGGUUGCCAAGGCAACCAACACGCCGUCGGAUCUGAGGAACACGAGUGCCAAUAGUGAAAGUAUGGACACGAGUUCGGAGAUAUCGGCUGAUAAAUCAAAUGCCAGCGCAAGUACAAGUACACACCCACACAUGCAUUCAAUCACGCAAACAAGUCAAUACACAUCAACAAACCCCAGUGUGGCCACAGUAUCAUCAGCAGUAGGUGACACUCAAACCGAUCGCAUCCAGAGUUCCGCCGGUAAAGCCAAAUCUGAGACCUCGGCAGAGAUGGAGGAAGAGGCGCAAAAGGCAAAGCAGCGGCUAGAGUCCGUUGAGUACGAUCUGUUUGUGCAUACGUUUGGGCUAUUGGUGAAUGUGCUCGAGUGCGAGUCUGAGGCCAGACAGAGCGUAUGCUCAAUGGAGAUUACGCUGCCGGACGGCAAGAAGCUCUCCUUUUUGGCCCGUGUGGCCGAUCUCUUUGAGAUGUGGUCGAGUGAAGCUGAAAGCUCAUUGAGUGAAAUGCGGUCGGCGGUAACGCUGCCUGUGGGUGGGCGUGCGCGCGAUAUUGCAAUGCGCCAACAGCAGAGGCAGACGGAACUCAGAACUCUGAUGGCGUACGCGGCGUAUCUGAUUGGGUGGCUGGUGCGAGACAAUAAACCGAACAAACAACGCGCAGUGGCCGCCUUCGAGUGCCCGACACGCCCAACAAUAUCUAUCAACAUACUCGUGGACAGGCUGAGAGACUUCAUCAAAUUACAAGAGUUGAUGGGCAUGCCUCAGACAGAGGAAAGUCGCAAAUCAACAGACAUCGCACUGACAACACUUGUGGCGUUAGCUGAAGGCUGCCAUUAGUGACCAGCAGAUGUAAUGUGCCCUCCGAAGUACGUAAAACAAAGUCGAGUAAACGGAGCUGUCAUAAAUGGCAUAUUGCAAAAGCAUUGUGUUGCAAAUAUUAAAUGGAUUAACCAAAGGGACUGAUGAUUAUAACAAUUUCCGGAGAGUGGAUUUCACUCGACUAUUGAAAUCAGGCAACAAGCCUUGAACCCGCUGGAAGUUCGAAAAGGGAU